CAUUCGGCCAACACACACGGCCAACCGCCAUGGCUUCUGCGAGUAGCCCGAACAUAUUCGGAGUUAAGACUGUCGCCAUGGACAAGCGUACCAGAUCAGCUUUGCAGCAGCGGCGCGGUACACAAUUUCGAGACACCUAUACCCCUCCUCUUCCCCGCCUUGUGCAUCUUUAGACCCCCUGGACGUUCGGUCUUUUCUUCACCUCUCCGGCAUCUCUCUGCAUUCCUCCUUGAUCACCGCAAACAUGGCCUUCCCGUGGUCAGCGAAGAAUCUCCCCAAGCAAAUCUUCAUCAACAAUGAAUACGUCGACUCCAAGAGCUCCAAGAAGCUCACCGUCCACAACCCCACGGAUGGCUCGCUAGUCGCCGACGACAUCCCCCUCUCCGGCGAGCAGGAUGUGGACGCCGCUGUUGCCGCCGCCGAGAAGGCCUUCCCGGUGUGGAGGAAGAUGGCUCCUAACGAGCGGCGCAACAUCAUGUUGAAGUUUGCUCAGUUAGUCGAGGAUAAUGCGAUAGCGGUUGCUGAGCUUACGCGUGUCUCACUGGGAGCCCCGUACAAGGCUUUCGGCGCUUUUGAAAUUGGCCUUUGCGCUGAGGCAUUCCGAUACAACGCCGGCUGGAUCGACAAGUUCGGAGGCGAGUCCUGGCCACAGGAAGACGGCUUUCUUAAGAUCGUGCGCAACGAGCCGCUCGGGGUGACUGCCGGUAUCGUGCCCUGGAAUGGCCCCGUUGGCACCAUCGGUCUCAAGGCUGGUCCUGCGCUCGCCAUGGGAAAUUGCUUCAUCCUCAAACCAUCGGAAAAGACACCCCUUUCCUCCCUCGCCCUCGGUUCCCUCAUCAAAGAGGCCGGUUUCCCUCCGGGUGUCUUCCAGAUCCUCUCUGGUGAUGGCAGCACCGGCGCCCUCAUUGCGAGCCACAUGCGCAUCCGCAAGGUCUCAUUCACUGGCUCCAUCGCCACGGGAAAGAAGAUCCAAGAGAUGGCCGCGAAAUCGAACCUCAAGCGUGUAACGCUCGAGCUCGGGGGCAAGUCUCCCGCCGUUGUAUUCGAUGACUGCGAUCUCGAAAACGCUGUUACCUGGACCGCGAACGCCAUCACUGCCAACACCGGCCAAGUCUGCUUCGCCGCCUCGCGCGUGUACGUGCAGGAGGGCAUCUACGACAAAUUCAUCGAGAAGUACAAGGAGGCGAUGAAAGCCAAAUCCAAGGAAGUCGGCGACCCGGAAAAAGAGGGCACCAACAUCGGCCCGCUAGUCGACGAAGCGCAGUUCAAGCGCGUAUCCGGCUUCAUCGAGCGGGGGCAGAAGGGCCAAGGCAAGCUGCUCGUCGGCGGCCAGCGGAUCGGCGACAAGGGAUACUACAUUGAGCCCACCGUCUUCACCGACGUCGAUCCUAAUUCUGAGAUCCACUGCCAGGAGAUCUUUGGCCCUGUGUCCGUCGUGCGGUCUUUCAAGACAGAGGAGGAAAUCAUGAAGCUGUCGAACGAUACGAACUUUGGCCUUAUGGCAGGCGUGUUCACGCAGGAUAUCAAUAAGGCGCUGCGAGUAGCGUCGGAAUUCGAGUCAGGUAUGGUGGGUAUCAACUGCGUGAGCUUGAUGUUCAUGACAUCGCCGUUUGGUGGAUCGAAGGAGAGCGGGUUGGGGCGAGAGUGUGGUAUUCAUGCGCUGAGGGCGUUUACGGAACCGAAGACUAUCAUGGUCAAUCUGACCUACUAGGAGGUAGCAGAGCGAUGAGUGGCGUAUGUACAGUACUAUUACGGUAUAGAAUGAUGAC